GGACAAACUGAUCUUCAGAAACGAGAUUACGUUCUUUUUGACGACUCCGGUGCUGUGAUCAACAGGAGGCACUGGGUGGAGCUUGAGUUGUGCUGUGUCUAAACCCCCAAAAGAAGGGCAACGUGAACCUGGAAUUCCUGUCCCACCAGAUUCCAAGAGAAAUGCUUUAGGAAGGUCACCUACCAGUUUGAAAUCUUCCACAACAGUUAUUUCAUCAGGAUGGUGGAUCCAGCCAGUUACCCAGUGGAGGUGGAUCUGGUCCACAACCUCACGUCCGCAACCUCACGUCCGCAACCUCCGUCCACAACCUCCGUCCACAACCUCCGUCCACAACCUCCGUCCACAACCUCCGUCCACAACCUCCGUCCACAACCUCCGUCCAUAACCUCACGUCCACAACCUCACGUCCACAACCUCCGUCCACAACCUCCGUCCACAACCUCCGUCCACAACCUCCGUCCACAACCUCACGUCCACAACCUCUGUCCACAACCUCCGUCCACAACCUCACGUCCACAACCUCCGUCCACAACCUCACGUCCACAACCUCCGUCCACAACACUGAGAUGUUUGUGGAGACCUGCAAGACCAUGUCCUCAGACAACCCGAAUGAUCCUGACCACUACAGCAUCAUCCAAAAUGGGUCAGGGACAACAACAACAACAACAAACUUUGGUUCCUUGUUGUAUACGUUCAUUAAAUACUUUACUGCAGCGCUCCUACCGGUUAAAACACUAUAUACAGGGGCCUCCCGGGUGGCGCAGUGGUUAAGGGCUGUGCCACCAGAGACUCUGGGU